GCAACCAAAACAGCUGGUAGACAAAGCAACAGGGAGAUUCUGGCAGGGUGUCUGUCUAGCAUUAGUUCUGAAUACUGUUGUGGUUUUGAUCACUAAAAUGGCUAUGACUUUUGGACUCUCUUUGAGUGUUUCUUGGAUUUGUUGCCUGCUAAUUGGAGGGAUAACGUCUUCUACCCUUCAAGGUAACGCUUAUGGGCAUCCUACCUCAACUGGACCUGAACCAACAGGAGCCCAUGCCCAAGCGAGUGUGGUGUCUGUUCCAAAUGCUAAAGCUACUGGCCACAAUAGCCCAGCAAAUGUGACGUCGGGUCGAAAUGCCACAUCUGAAGCAACCGACAUCCGCGCCUCAGCAGAAGCGACCGGCCCCCGCGCCUCAGCAGAAGCGACCGGCCCCCGCGCCUCAGCAGAAGCGACCGGCCCCCGCGCCUCAGCAGAAGCGACCGGCCCCCGCGCCUCAGCAGAAGCGACCGGCCCCCGCGCCUCAGCAGAAGCGACCGGCCCCCGCGCCUCAGCAGAAGCGACCGGCCCCCGCGCCUCAGCAGAAGCGACCGGCCCCCGCGCCUCAGCAGAAGCGACCGGCCCCCGCGCCUCAGCAGAAGCGACCGGCCCCCGCGCCUCAGCAGAAGCGACCGGCCCCCGCGCCUCAGCAGAAGCGACCGGCGCCUCAGCAGAAGCGACAAGCCUUGAACAGACGGCCCGACCCCUCAACAAGCUAGAUAGGGAGAUCAUAAUUUGGUUUGCCCAACUCCUUAAUCGUCUUUCCCCUGUUACAGUGCCUCCUUUUGAAGAAAAGGGCAAAGGUAACUGAGGUGGGGAAAUGUGCAAAACCAAUGCACUUGUCUGAAAUGAGGUUCUCCUUCACUUGCGCAUCGUCAGGCAAAUUGUUUUACAUGGGUGGACGCUACAUUGGUAGGAAUUGUUUUUAUAACCGUACAACUAAAAUUGACAUCUGAUUUGGCGAUAUUGUUGACACACUUUUAGGUUCUACGGUUAUACUUUUGAUUUAGCCUGGUGUUCCUGCUACUCUUGCAUGAUUUGCUCAAUAAACCAUUUGACUUUCUAAA